AUGCGUAUUGCGGAGAGCACCGCGAAGAUACUCGCAAACAUCCCGCUCCCCGAUGAAGUCUCCGUCGUGCACCGCCAGGCGGCCGUUGUGGACAUUGGCAGCUGCACCACACGUGUUGGUUUCGCCGGCGACGACACGCCGCGCAUCGCGGAGCCCACGUGCGUCGUGAAGGGCACUGGCAAGGACGAGUCGCUGUGCCUCAAGAAGGCGCACGAAUGUCGGGCGACCGCAGAUGUCUCACGCGUCGUGGUGAAGGGCGAGGUGAACUGGGACGCGAUGGAGGUGCUGCUGAACCACCUCGACGAGCUGCUGGAGCUGAGCACCAAGGAUCUGCAAACACCGCUACUGCUGACCGAAAAGAUACUCGUGCCGCGGGCACAGCGGCAGAAACUGGCGGAGAUCCUUGUGGAGCGGCACGCCGUGACGGCUCUCCACUUCGUGCCGAGCCCUGUCCUCGCGCUUUACGCCGCCGGCACGUGCACUGGCGUGUCAGUGGAAAUGGGCUACGACGCGUGCCACGUGGUUCCGGUGUUCCAGGGCUGCCCGUUGUUCCACGCUGUGCACAUGCUUAACUACGGCGGGGACUACCUCACACGCUACAUGAUGGCAACGGGCCCCGCGCUGCCUGAGGUGGUGCAGCCGGCGCACCGCAUUGAUGUCUGGGAGCACCUCAAGGAGAAGUACUGCGAGGCGUGCCCAAACAGCGAGACCUUCUACGAGGUUCGGGAUAGCGAGGCGAGCGGCAGCGUUAGCAGCCUCACGGAUGGGCACAGCAACAGUUAUGGACCUGUGCAACAUCAGCUGCCGGACGGUACAGUCAUUACGCUCGGUUCGAACCGCUUCGUGCCGGUGGAGAUGUUGCUGGACCCGUCGCUCGUCACGGAUGAUGUGUUCAUGUUUGACCAAUCAGCGAUUGAAAACGUCGAGCGGCUGCGCACCUCGGCGGAACCGCGAGGUCUGCAUAGCCUCAUAGAGGAGUCUGUGAAGAAGUGCGACUUGGACCUCUCGCCAGUCUUCUACGAGUCGAUUCACUUCUCCGGUGGGUGCUCACUGCUACGCGGGCUCCCGCAGCGUGUGGGUAGCGAAAUUGGUGAAGUUGCCGGAAACGCCCCGCGCAUUGUGGCACAAACGGAGCGCCGCCACGCCGCCUUUGUUGGCGGCUCCAUUCUGGCGUCCCUCCCGACGUUCCAGGACUUCUGGGUGACGAAGGCCGAGUACGAGGAAUUCGGCUCGUCGGCAGUGCUGCGGCAGUGCUUUUGA